AUGUCAAUUACCCACCUCGUUCUAUUCCAGUUCAAAUCAGAUGUGGCUGCUGAAGCUAUUCAAGCUGCCUGCGGGCGUAUGCUUGAUUUGAAAGACAAUUGCCUACAUCCAUCAUCGCAAAAGCCCUAUAUCAAAUCAGCCUCGGGUGGGAAGGAUAACUCGCCGGAAGGCAUUCAGAACGGUAUUACACAUGCCUUUGUGGUAGAGUUCGCGAGUGCUGAAGAUCGUGACUAUUACGUACAAAGUGAUCCGGUCCAUCAGGGGUUUAUCAAAAGCCUCGACGGGCUCGUCGAGAAAGCACAGGUCAUUGACUUCACUAAUGGUGUUCUUUGA